ACACGGCAACUUACUUAAGAGAUCGAUAAGUUUCCACAAAAUAUUGAUACAAACACAAAAUAUUUAGACAAACACUAUUUUAUUGAUUUAAAAACAACAUCGAAUUGCUUCCACUAAAACGCAGGCUGCAGUCGUCGGUCGCCACAUAACGUGAGUUGCCCUGAACGCGUCUCGCUCAGUGUGUGUGGAGGUUUCCGAGCUGCGGUGGUGAAACGUGGAGAGCAUCCGAGUACAAGACUGACGCAACGAACCAUCAGUGCCAUGCUGCUUCUCAGACGCUGCCACAGCCUGACUCGAUUUGGCCUGCUCAACACUCAGAGGCUUGGAGAGGCACCUGCUGUGGCCUCGUGCGCAGGUCGUCUCUGGAGCAGCAGCAGUGAGGACCAGAGAUCGUACCAGCGUGCCCACGCUCCCAGCUGGAGACAUGCACUGGCAGGGCUGCUGGCUGGUACCGGGGCUGUACUGGCUUAUGGCCUCCAUCACCACAAGGCGGAGCAGGAAGACACCAUUAGAGUGCCGACAAUAGAGAAGACCUCAGCUUUUCCCAUCUUCAGCCAGGAAGAGGUCACCAGUCACCGCUCUCUGGAAGAUGGCGUGUGGGUCACUUACAAAGGGGGCGUCUAUGACAUCACUGCGUUUGUUGCCAUGCACCCUGGUGGGGAUAAAAUCUUGCUGGCAGCAGGUGGAGCCCUCGAACCCUUCUGGGCGCUGUAUGCUGUCCACAACCAGGAGCAUGUGCUGGAAAUGCUCUCGGAGUAUAAGGUUGGUGAGCUGAGUGCAGAAGACCUGAAGAAGCAGAAAACCCUUCAGACAUCGGACCCCUACUCUUCUGACCCUGAGCGUCACCCUGUCCUGCGCAUCAACAACCUCAAGCCCUUCAAUGCUGAGCCGCCUCCUGAAAUCCUCUCUGACAGCUUCAUCACCCCCUCUGCUGUCUUCUUCAAAAGAAACCACCUGCCAGUUCCUCAGGUGGACCCGGCUUCGUAUCAGCUGCAAGUCGAGGGCCUUCCUGGUGGAGUGCUGACGCUGUCUUUAGAAGAAUUGAAGACUCGAUUCACUAAACACACCGUCACCGCCACGCUUCAGUGUGCCGGUAACCGUCGCUCUGAGAUGAAUAAGAUCAAGCAGAUAAAGGGACUGAACUGGGGCAUCGCCGCAAUCAGUAACGCCACAUGGGGCGGUGCGAGGCUGCGGGAUGUGCUGCUGGCCGCUGGAUACGGGCCCGAAGUGGCCCAGUGGGCUUUCCAUGUUCAGUUUGAAGGACUGGACAAAGAUGUGACGGGGACGACCUACGGCGCUUCCAUCCCUCUCAACAAGGCAGUCGGUGAGGAAGGGGAUGUGUUGCUGGCUUAUGAAAUGAAUGGCGCGGAUCUCCCUGCCGACCACGGCUACCCCGUCCGCGUUGUGGUGCCGGGCACCGUGGGCGCACGCAAUGUGAAGUGGCUGGGGAAGAUCAUCGUGAGUGCCGACGAAAGCAUGAGCCACUGGCAGCAGAACGACUACAAGGGCUUCUCCCCGGGGACGGACUGGGACACGGUGGACUUCAAGUCUGCGCCGGCCAUCCAAGAGCUGCCCAUUCAGUCGGCCAUCACCACCCCAGCAGACGGGGCUGUGGUGGAUCGCAGUUUGGAAGAGGUGGCUGUGAAGGGUUACGCCUGGAGCGGCGGGGGCAGAGAGGUAGUACGCGUCGAUGUUUCUCUGGAUGGAGGAAAGACCUGGCAGGUGGCCAAACUGAGGAGCGGCGAGAAGGGGCACGCGCCUGAACCCUCGCCCCCACCGGGACGGGCCUGGGCCUGGAAGCUGUGGGAGGUCACGGCUCCUCUUCCCGCAGAGGCGGAGACGCUGGAGAUCGUGUGCAAGGCGGUUGACGACAGUUACAACAUGCAGCCGGACACGGUUGCUCCCAUCUGGAAUCUGAGGGGUGUGCUGAGCAACGCCUGGCACAGAGUGACCGUGAAGAUCAGAGAGGACGAGACCGAGGAGUAGACUCUGCGGUUUCAUCCACAUUCAGAAUCAAAAAGGUUUAUACUCAAGAGUCAUCAGAGAGUGGACGCUGUUUGAAAUCUGACACUAAAGCUGUUCUCAGGCUACAGGAGCUUUGGCCCAUUGGAACCCGGUUGCACCCCUCUUGACGUCGGAGGGGAAAUGAGGUCGGACACUUUGGUCAGAACCAUUUUUUCGGCCCAGAUUGUCUCGUAAUGUGAGGGUUUGACCGAUCCAGUCAUAAACCGCCCAAACCAUUCGCAGCCUCAUCGGUGCCGCCCGAUUCAUUCAAACAUUUCUUAUACUUAGACUUCGAUCUAGAUUAUGAUAAUGUCAGUACUUUCCGAGUGGGUACCACAAUUGCCAAUAAGAAAGUCGAGCCGGAGCAGCUGACCGUGUGGCCGAGCACAAUAAAUGUUCUUGCCCAUGAGGUCACCGUUAAUACAACAAAUUGUAGCAUCACGUCAAUCUCCGUUUUGUUUACGUUGUUUACCUUUUAUUGAAGCAGCAUAGAACAUAACAAAUACAUAUUUACCAAAAAGAGUAGAAAUAUACAAUAAUAAUAAUCUUCUGAUAGACUGAUAGUACCAACAUCAAUGUUUUUUGCAACUUCUUCAAUGACCCAAUAGUGACUAAUCCAAUUAACUAAAAUAAAAAGUAGUUUAAUGUUUUUUUUAAAGGCAGCUGAAUUGGAAGCAAAAAAAGAUGUGGUAUUGUUACUUUGAUUUGACUCAGAAGUUGCAAGUGGGUUGAUGGUACGUGGGCUUAAUACCCUACGUUGAACUUGACAAUUAUGUACUUAGACUUUGUUCUUAAGUGAACAUGAGUCAGAUAGUCUUAUGUAGAAAAAACACAUUUUUGUAAUCUGUAUUUACAUUUUUUAUGCUAAAGAUGUGCACAGUAUAUUAAAAAGGUUGAAGUAAUUGUAUUAAUAACAUGCAUCGUACAAACAUGUAUGUAUCUGCUGCUUUGGCUUUGUGAAGAUAAUUAAAAUAUAUAUAUAUAUA